CCUCUAUCCCGCACGUCCGCAAACCCCUUCACAACACGCAGCUGCGACCCAACCCGACCCCUCCCGAGGCCGCCAGCCUUAUCCUCUCCUCCGCCUCCGCGAUCCCCUCCGUCUCCAAUCCAUCCGCAAGCGCAGCAAGGUAGACAUGGCUUCGACAUUCGGUGCCACUUCUACAGUUGGCCUUAUGGCUGCUCCAGCAGGGAAGAAUGUGCGCCUUCAGAGGAGGGCUAACUUCAGAGUAAAAGCAGCCAAGGAGCUGUACUUCAACAAGGAUGGCUCAGCUAUCAAGAAGCUCCAGACUGGAGUCAAUAAGCUUGCAGACCUAGUUGGAGUUACACUUGGACCAAAGGGAAGGAAUGUCGUUUUGGAGAGCAAGUAUGGCUCUCCUAAGAUUGUUAACGAUGGUGUUACAGUUGCAAGAGAGGUUGAGCUGGAGGACCCUGUGGAAAACAUUGGAGCUAAAUUGGUCAGGCAAGCUGCAGCUAAGACCAAUGAUCUAGCUGGAGAUGGGACAACCACCUCCGUGGUCCUUGCUCAGGGACUGAUUGCUGAGGGUGUUAAGGUUGUGGCAGCUGGUGCUAAUCCUGUUCAGAUUACUCGUGGUAUUGAGAAAACAGCGAAAGCACUAGUUGAAGAACUACGUAAGUUGUCCAAGGAUGUUGAAGAUAGCGAGCUUGCAGAUGUUGCUGCAGUUAGUGCUGGCAACAACUAUGAAAUCGGUAACAUGAUAGCAGAGGCCAUGAGCAAGGUUGGUCGGAAGGGUGUGGUUACCCUUGAAGAGGGAAGGAGUUCUGAGAACUUUCUCUAUGUUGUGGAGGGAAUGCAGUUUGACCGUGGUUAUAUCUCUCCCUACUUUGUAACAGACAGUGAGAAAAUGUCUGCCGAGUACGAGAACUGCAAGCUUCUUUUGGUUGACAAGAAGAUCACCAAUGCAAGGGAUCUUAUCAACGUUUUGGAAGAAGCCAUCAGAGGUGCAUACCCAAUCCUGAUAAUUGCUGAGGAUAUUGAGCAGGAGGCUCUUGCUACUCUUGUUGUCAACAAGCUUAGAGGAUCAUUGAAGAUUGCUGCCAUCAAAGCCCCUGGUUUUGGAGAGCGCAAGACUCAGUACUUGGAUGAUAUUGCCAUCCUUACUGGAGCAACUGUAAUCAGAGAUGAAGUUGGGCUGUCACUUGACAAGGCUGACAAAUCAGUCCUUGGAACAGCUGCAAAGGUUGUUCUUACCAAAGAGUCAACAACAAUUGUUGGUGACGGCAGCACCCAGGAAGAAGUUACUAAAAGGGUUGCGCAGAUUAAAAAUCUGAUUGAGGCAGCAGAACAAGAAUAUGAAAAGGAAAAGCUCAAUGAGAGGAUAGCUAAGCUUGCUGGUGGUGUUGCUGUCAUUCAGGUGGGAGCACAAACAGAAACUGAACUAAAAGAGAAGAAGUUGAGAGUUGAGGAUGCCCUAAAUGCAACUAAGGCUGCUGUUGAGGAAGGUAUUGUUGUUGGUGGAGGGUGCACUCUUUUGCGGCUUGCAGCUAAAGUCGAUGCCAUCAAAGAUACACUGGAGAAUGAUGAGCAGAAGGUUGGAGCUGAAAUAGUAAGAAGGGCCCUGAGCUACCCACUUAAAUUGAUUGCUAAAAACGCUGGUGUCAAUGGCAGCGUUGUCACUGAGAAGGUCCUUUCUAACGAUAACUUCAAGUAUGGUUACAAUGCUGCUACUGGACAGCACGAGGACUUGAUGGCUGCUGGUAUCAUUGACCCCACCAAGGUGGUGAGAUGCUGCUUGGAGCAUGCCGCAUCGGUGGCCAAGACCUUCCUGACAUCAGAUGUUGUGGUCGUCGAUAUCAAGGAGCCGGAGGCCGCGCCCCUCGCUAACCCGAUGGACAACUCUGGCUAUGGAUACUGAUGAAGUGAUGAGAUGAUAUGGCCAAGCCGCAGUUGCCCCAUGGGACGAAGGUGAUCACCAUAUUAUUUUUUGGUAGGCGAGACGUCGGGUCCAGGUAGUUUCAGAUAAAAAUGUGAGUUUGUUGUACGGCCAAAAGGUGAAAAUAAGGGGAGGAUCUGUAGCCCCAAAUCUGUGAUGUAAACUGCAUCAGGACAGCAGCUAAAUCAAGCAGAAAUUGCUGAGAGAUUUUGUAACUGAUUGCAGCUAUGUUGAAUGAAUGCAGUUUGCACACGACUAAAACACAAAUUUAAAAUGUGCCUGGCAAUACAAGUGUUUGUGCUGCAUUGAAAGUUU